AUGCCUGGAAAGAUACUCUGCGUUGCGGAGAAGAACUCCAUUUCUAAGGCUGUGGCAGACCAUCUUUCUGGAGGCCGCUUCACUACUGGACACACCAGGAACCAGUACAUCAAGAACUACACUUUCACGUUCGAUUUUGGACAACUAUGGGGCAAUUGCGAUGUAGUCAUGACUGCUGUAUCUGGCCAUAUGACUCAAGCCAAAUUUGACGAUGAAUAUGAACAGAAUUGGGACCAUCCCCCGCCAGAGAGCCUAUUCAAUGCUCCCGUGCGGGUCAAGGUCGAUGGUGACAAGCAAGUCAUUGCCGAGAAUAUCAAGCAGCAAGCCAGAGGAGCCAAGGCCUUGUUCAUAUGGACAGAUUGCGAUCUAGAAGGAGAGCAUAUUGGCGGCGAAGUACGAACGGAAGCACUCAAGGGUAAUCGACAGCUUGAAGUAAAAAGGGCAAGAUUUAGCAAUAUCGAGAGAGCUCAUAUCCUACAGGCUGCUCGGAACCCUGUAAAUCUGGAUGAGCGCCAGGUAAUCGCUGUCGCUACUCGAAUUGAGCUUGAUCUGAGGAUUGGUUAUAUCUUCACACGAUAUCUCACCAACAGCCUUCGACCACUUGGCGGCCCUAUGGGGAUUAACGAGGCUGGUAAUAAGAGGGUGAUAAGCUAUGGGUCAUGUCAGUUUCCUACCCUUGGUUUUGUCGUCGAUCGUUACUUCAGAGUCAAAAAUUUUGUACCCGAAACUUUCUGGGGUAUCAAAGUCAGUCAUAGACGAGACAAUAUUGACGUAAUUUUCAAUUGGAAGCGAAAUCGACUAUUCGAUCGCGCCGUCGUUGUCAUUCUUUUUGAAAGAUGCAUAGCAGCGAAGAUAGCAAAGGUCACCAGAGUGCAAGAGAAGCCAACGAGCAAAUGGAAGCCUCUACCAUUGACUACGGUUGAGUUUCAGAAGAUGGCAAGUCGAUUCUUGCGAAUGAAUAGUUCUGUGGCGAUGUCUGUAGCCGAAGGACUUUACAACAAAGGAUUCAUCAGCUACCCCAGAACCGAGACCGAUCGCUUCGAUAAAGGGAUAAAUCUACUCGCGCUGGUCGAAAAACAGAUUCCAGACCAGAGGUGGGGUGGGUAUGCUCAAGGCCUGAUAAACGGGGGUUUCCAUACACCACGACAAGGAAGAAACGAUGAUAAAGCUCACCCUCCCAUUCACCCAGUGGCAUGGGUUGCCCCAGGUCAAUUAAGCGCUGAAGAAGGACGAGUGUAUGAGUUCAUCGCUCGUCGAUUCCUUGCGUGUUGCUCUGAAGACGCCAAAGGUCAAGCUAGUGAUGUUGAGAUUGAGUAUGGAGAAGAGGCCUUUGGUGCCCAUGGAGUUGUCGUUCUAGAGCGAAAUUACCUUGAUGUCUACCCGUACGAGAACUGGAAUAACAGUGUUAAUUUGCCGAAAUUCACAAUUGGCGAAAGUUUCGAGCCGACAGAGGCGAUGAUGACGGAAGGACAUACAACAGCUCCUGGAUAUUUGACGGAACCAGAUCUCCUUGCGUUGAUGGAUGCAAAUGGUAUCGGCACAGACGCAACAAUGGCCGAACAUAUCAAGAUGAUCCAAACAAGGAAUUAUGCGUUCACAAGACCUCGAGGGUGUGGUAAUGCGAACAACGAUCGCCCUUCAGCAGCUCGCGGAGGACGAGGAGGGCGAGGAGGACGAGGAGGCGGCGCUGCUGCCCCCGCCAGCGGACGGGGCGGAGUGGAAGAGUUCAUACCUUCCACGCUCGGCGUUGCUCUCGUUGAUGGCUACGAUAGAAUGGGUUUGGAGAUAAGUCUGAGCAAACCAUUCCUACGAAAAGAAAUGGAGUUGCGUACGAAGGAUAUAUGUGAAGGCAGGAAAACCCGUGACGAAGUUCUACGGGAGAGUUUGAGGCAGUACAGGCAAGUCUUUGAGCAGUCAAGAGAGAGGUUAGACGUUUUGAAAGCAUCGUGCAGAAGAUACGUACUCAAUGCUGGAGCGGUUCCAUGA